AUGUCCUCUUCCUCCCCCACCGGGCAGAUUGCAAGUGCGGCGGACAUCAAGCAGGAGAAUGGGAUGGAAAGCGCCUCAGAAGGACAGGAGGCGCACCGAGAAGUGGCGGGGGGCGCGGCGGCUGGGCUGAGCCCCCCGGCUCCAGCCCCUUUCCCUCUGGAGCCGGGGGACGCCGCGGCUGCCUCCAGGGUAAGCCGGGAGGAAGGGGCAGCGGCGGCGGGAGCGGCCGAUCAGGUACAACUCCACUCGGAACUUCUGGGCAGGCACCAGCACACAGCCGCCGCGCAGCCCCCUCUGGCCUUCUCGCCGGACCAUGUCGCCUGCGUGUGCGAGGCGUUGCAGCAGGGGGGCAACCUGGACCGCCUGGCCCGGUUCCUGUGGUCCCUGCCCCAGAGCGACCUGCUACGUGGCAACGAGAGCCUGCUGAAGGCGCGAGCGCUCGUGGCCUUCCACCAGGGCAUCUACCCUGAGUUGUACAGCAUCCUCGAGAGCCACAGCUUCGAGUCGGCCAACCAUCCGCUGCUGCAGCAGCUCUGGUACAAGGCGCGCUACACCGAGGCCGAGCGAGCGCGCGGCCGGCCGCUGGGCGCCGUGGACAAGUACCGGCUGCGCAGGAAAUUCCCCUUGCCCCGCACCAUCUGGGACGGCGAGGAGACGGUGUAUUGUUUCAAGGAGAAGUCGCGCAACGCGCUCAAGGAGCUCUACAAGCAGAAUCGCUACCCCUCGCCCGCCGAGAAGCGGCACCUAGCCAAGAUCACCGGCCUCUCCCUCACCCAGGUCAGCAACUGGUUCAAGAACCGGCGGCAGCGCGACCGGAACCCCUCCGAGACCCAGUCCAAAAGCGAAUCCGAUGGCAACCCCAGCACUGAAGAUGAGUCCAGCAAGGGACAUGAGGAUCUGUCUCCUCACCCACUUUCGGGUGCAUCUGAUGCCGUCACCAACCUCAGCCUUUCUAGCCACAUGGAACCGAUAUAUAUGCAACAAAUUGGGAAUGCUAAGAUAUCGUUGAGCUCUUCUGGAGUUUUGUUGAAUGGAAACUUGGUACCUGCAAGUACUUCACCUGUCUUCCUUAAUGGUAAUUCUUUUAUUCAGGGACACAAUGGAGUUAUCCUUAAUGGACUGAACGUGGGAAAUACACAGACGGUGUCGCUGAACCCACCAAAAAUGUCCUCGAACAUUGUGAGCAAUGGCAUAGCCAUGUCGGACCUCUUGGGGUCUGCCUCCCAGGAUGUGAAAGAAUUCAAAGUUCUCCAGAGUUCUGCUGUGAACUCAGCGGCCCCCAUCUCCUACAGCCCUAGUGCUCCUGUGCCGUUCCCAGGGCUGAUACCCUGCACUGAAGUGAAGAGGGAAGACGUCCAGACAGUGGCCUCCCAGGACGGGGGCUCUGUGGUGACUUUUACUACACCAGUGCAAAUUAACCAGUAUGGCAUUGUCCAGAUCCCUAAUUCCGGAGCAAACGGCCAGUUCCUCAAUGGAGGCGUUGGAUUCUCUCCUCUGCAGCUGCCUCCUGUCUCAGUAGCAGCUUCACAAGGUAAUAUUUCAGGAAACUCAAGCACUUCAGAUGGAGGCACGUUUACAAGUGAGUCCAGCACGGUCCAGCAUGGCAAACUUUUCCUGAGCCCUCUUGCUCCCAGCGCAGUGGUCUACACUGUCCCUAAUUCAGGCCAGACUGGAGGAGCUGUGAAACAGGAAGGCUUAGAAAGAGGCCUGGUUUUUUCUCAGCUGAUGCCUGUCAGUCACAACGCACAAGUAAAUGCAAGCCUAUCUCCUGACGAUGUCUCCGGGAGUGGCCUCCAUCCCCUGGCCUCUCCGCUAGUUAACGUGUCCCCGGCUCACAGUUUUUCCCUGUCUCCCCCUACACUACUAAAUCCCACUGAGCUGAACUCUGACAUUGCUGAGAGUCAGCCCCUGUCCGCACCUGUGGCAAGUAAAUCUACUGGGACAUCUGUCGGCAACACCAACUAUGCAGCCCUUCAGAACUGUCCCCUUAUUACCGGUCAAGACCUACUGUCAGUCCCUAUGACUCAGGCUGCCCUGGGGGAGAUUGUUCCUACAGCUGAAGAGCGGGUGGGGCAUGCCUCGCCAGCGGUACACCAGGAUUUUGUCAGAGAGCAUCGCUUGGUUCUGCAGUCAGCAGCCAACCUAAAAGAGAAUUUCCUCCAAAAUUCUGAGACCAAAGCAACGAACAACUUAAUGAUGCUGGACUCCAAAUCCAAGUAUGUCCUGGAUGGCAUGGUUGAAACUGUCUGCGAAGAGCUGGGAACAGAUAAAAAGGAGCUGGCCAAGCUCCAAACUGUCCAGUUGGAUGAAGAUAUGCAAGACUUAUAAGCCCGAUUCACUACGCACAUACCCCUUCUCUCCUUCAUCAGCAGCAACUUUUUUUUUUUUCCUCUGUGAAGCCCUGAGGAUGAAGAGCCUUUACUCAUUUAGAGGAAAGCACUCAACUUGUGGGAGUAUCUGGAUUGAUCUGCAUGAAGAUCAUAGUUAAGCAUACAGGAGUGGAACUACAUUGCUGAUGCCUUUUCUGUUCACAUCAUGUCCACUUCUUUAAAUAUACGGCGACGAGGCAACAAGUGAAGAGUAUCAAACCACCAUAUAUCAUGUAGUCAGCAAUAUAAUUCUAAGGUUGAAAUGGAACGUGACAGUAUUUUAAAUUUAAACUGUAUACACCUAACUUAGAAAAUUAAAUAAUAGCUACAGGCUCUUAGAAGCAAUGCGGUUGUUUUUGUUUGUUUGUUUGUUUGUUUACUUUUACUCCAUGGGCAUUGAGGUGGUUAAGAAACAAUGGUACUCCAGAUUAUUAUAAGGGUAUAUUUUUCGAAUUAAGUAGCUUAUAUAUGCGUGUGUUUGUGUGUCCAUACACACAUUCAUCGUUUUCAGCAUUUAGGGGAAAGGCUUGGUUUUAAGUCUCUACGAGUUUCCAAAUGUGAUUGCUGAUAGAUAAAUGUGGCAGAGAGUUUGGAACUCCACUCAACUCUGACACAACUUGGGUAUGAAUGUAAAUAUGCCAGUUCUAUAAGUAGGAUUUGAGUAAGUACGGUGAAUUUUUAUUUAUACCAUGUAUGUCUCUCUUAGUCUUCAGGCACUAUGAACUGAAAAGAAAAAUGUUUUCUUACUGUUUAAUUUAUAUUUAUUGUUUGAGCAGGAAUAGAACAUCUUUGUUUUCAACCGAGUUUUAUUUUUUUUGUGAUUUGUAUCAAGAGGCUCUCAAGGUCAAUGUUAACACUGAAACAGGAACUUUUAACCCCUAAUACUGGAAUUUUGGUACUUCUUGACAUAUCCUUCUUUCUUUAGAAACUUUGAUUCAUUUAAAUAUGUUUUUUAUAGACUCCUAUGUGCCUUUUUACCUUGUGGCCUUUUUAUUAGCAGUAAGGAACAGAAGUGUUGAUGGCUCUUUUGUACCAUCCGACAGGGUUAAGUUUACUGCGGAACCCCUUCCUAUGCAGAGGACUUAAGUGUCACUGAAUGGCAUGUGUAAUGCUUGUCAUGCAAAUGGUAAACAAUUAAGCUUUGAUGCUCUUCAUUACAAUGAAAGUUAAAAAAAAAAAAAAAAGCAUGGCAGACCAUGAAACAUCAAUUCUGCAGGUUAUGAAAACAACCAUUUUUUUUAAAGUAAACAAAAUAUACUUAAAUUAUAUUAAACAAAAUUCCAUCUCGUUGAAGCUUCCUUCUCGAUGUUUUGAAUUGGUUGGUACACCGUGACACGUGACUGUUGCCUGUCCUAUGUCAUCAUGUCUCCAUUACAGAAGCAAAUCCUUUGUGUUUCUGCAGGAUGGUCUCUUGUAUGAUGUUGUUGGCUGUGUUUAAAAGUUUUAGCAGGACUCGGAACCCAAGAUGUGACAAUUCAAAUGCCUUCAUGCCGCUAGUACAGCGUAUCUCAGAUUUAAGAGAGUGUGAUCUUUUCAAAGGUGACUUUCAGUGUUAAGCAUAAAGAUGGUACCAUACCCUGUUUUCUUUAAGAAGAGAGAAAGAGCUACUUGAUUGCUGGCAUGCUCCUCAUCUGAGCCUCUCCAGGAAGGGUCACCGAGUGUUUAGCAUUUGCUGUUAUUACAAAGGGAACUUUCAGUCUAGAUAAAGAGCCCUAUGAAGAAUUCCUUGCCAUCAUUUUGAUUUAAAAAAAAAAAAAGCUUAAGUCCCAUUUUUGUGAAAUUGGUGAAUAUCCCUCAGUUUCUGAAGUAUGUGAUUUGGGCCGGAGGUUGUUCGCUUUGGAGUUUUUGUUUUGUGUAAACAAAGGCAGUUGUUUUUGUGUGGUCCUUGGUCUUCCACUCUGCCAGUGCUUUCACAGCGUGAUUGUCCCCAUCUCUCUCCCGGAUGUGUGCUGGCCAUGUUACUGUGAUUAGUUCCAUGGUCUUGUAGUAUAGUUUACAUAAAAAUGAUAUUUUCCACUAGACUGCUGCAGAUAUCAAGAGUUAGUUAUUUUAGAAUACCUGUCUGGUAAGGGAAGUGGGAAAGUCAAAAAGUUAUAUGAGAGGUGGGUGUGGAUGCGCGUGCGUGUGCGUGUGUGUGUGUGUGUGUGUGUGUGUGUGUGUGUGUGUGUGUGUGUAUUAGAAAACUUUCAUAUAUCUAAUGAAAGUAUCUCUUUUAUUCCGAGUUCUUCCUCUUUUUCUCCCUAUGAAAAAGAAAAGAGAGCACAAAACUAAAUACUUACCUAGGAAAUGUAUUCAUAUUCCAACGCGAUGUGCUUCUAACCUUGCAGUUACUCCAGGUAGCUAUACAAUCCACCAGGUAAGAAUCAGCGCACAUUAUAAGAACUUACUGUUCUUGUCUAUUCUUUCAGUAAAAUAAGGGCCAUUUGAUAUGUAGCCCGUGUAUAUGUGAAUGGAAUAAGAUAAACCCCAGGAUCUCCUUGCACAGAAUUGCAACUGACCUUUUUUUUUCAAUACCAAGGGCCAGCCUCUGAGCCCUUGGAGUCCAUAUGGCAGAAUAUCCUUUUUACAUAAACAAUUGCUUGAAGAUGCUGCAAAUUCCCCCCCCCCCCCCCCAUGCUUCGGGAAGAGGAAUCAGAAUAGGGGUAAAUAACUCCCUUGGAACAUCAACCCCUGCUGCUGGCUGUGGGAUUUUUGGUGUCAGCCUAUCUAUGCACUCUAUAGCCAGAAUUGGCAUUCAGCUCUUAGUUACAUCUAGUAGAGAGGAUGGUCUAGCAUUCAAAGGAGGUGCAUUUUCCCCCCAAACAAGCAAAAGCACCUGUGUGUUGUACUGCGUAAAUAUCUCAUGUAGAUUUAUAGUAAAGACUGACUUAUAUGUGUUUUGGUGCCUUUCUUGUGUUGUGAAAGGCAGGUAGAUGUUAUAGCCAUAGAUUUUCUUUUUAAAAAUCCAUAGUUGAAUUGCACACUGACCUUAACUCUCUCUGUAUGUACCCUUGUUAUCCUGCAUGUUAAAAAGUUGGGUUAUUGGGCAUGUGUAGCAGACUAUCUUGCUACAUUCUCAAUGUGUGUGCAUUAGUAUAUAACCACAAGUCCUUCAUUCUUUAAAAUGUUUUCACAGGUCACCUCAUGAAAAUAAUUCAGGAAAUCUGUGGGGAAAAUAAUUAUAUUUUACAAAGGCAGUUUCAAAGUCUUCCUAAAACUUAGGUGAUAGAACCUAAUGGUUAUUUUAUGUCUAACUGAUACAUUUCAAUUUAAUUAAAUAUUAUCACCAUAUAUUUUAUUAAUCAAAAUUAUAUAGCAUGUGACUCUUGGCUUUCAGGGUUUCUCAAAAAAAAAUGUACCAUUUUGUUGCAUGUACUGUAUGUAUAGAGGCAACCGGUUGUGUACUCAGUAUGGUUUUACUGUGCCUUACAUGAAGAGAAACCACACAGAAUGUAUAAUGUGGGGUGGGGAACAGAGCCUCUACUGCACUGUUAGGUGAUGGCACACAGCAUGUCCCAGAACAUUUCUGUGCUUAAUUACCCAACCAAAGAGAUCUAGAGUAUGUAUGUUGUACUGUAAUGGGGGGUUAUGCCUGGACAAUUAAGUGUUUUAUUUGUUUUCUGAAAUGAUGUGAACUUAUUUUUCUAAACACUAUGCUGAAUAAACUUUAUAUUUAUA